AUGACGCCGACAGAAUCACAGGACCUGCCACCCUCCCCGCAAAGCGCAGCACGCGCCGCGUCCUCCUCUGCGCGCCGUCCUGCGGCACACGCGACGCGGAACCACAAUGGCGCUGGCAAGUGGCAACUGCUCGCGGCGCGGAGUGGCUGGCUGCUGGCCUGGCGGGACCCCUGGCGUGCGCGCACCACGUCGUGGUCACGCCCGCGUAAAACGCGCCCGCCCGCGCCCGGGGUGCUGGGGCAGCGCAACAUCCUGCCAGGCGGGCGCGCGUCCGAUUGCUCGCCAGGGGUGGGAGUGCUUGUACGUCCGCCUGUCGGCAGCAUUACGGCCUGGCCCGCCGCAUCUCUGCUCGAUGCUCUGAGUGUAUCUGAGGCGCUGCGUCGCAAUCGCGCCCGCCUGGAGGAGCUGAGGACGAGCAUCUCGCGGCCGAGGUAUCCGGUCCCUCGCGCGUUCCUCGAGGGCCCGGCAAUUCGCGGUGCAGCGCCAGCCCAUACGUAA